AUGUUCUCUGGGGCCGGCACCCCAGCCCAGGGCCCGCGCCCCGGCAGCUCCUGGCAGGGGGCGGGGGCCCCCAGGAAUGAGGCACGCAGAGCGGACUUUCAGAGGCACAAGCCGAGCCCCGACCCCGGUCGGAGCCCUGAGGCCCAGACAUCACAAUCCAGCUGGGCAGCCCCGCCUGGCCCGGAGGAGUCACGGGCGGCACCUGGCCUGCCCGUCCCCCCGGAGCCCCCGGGCACAGGCGCCAGCAGCCCCCUCGCCUGCCCGGGCCGCCGGCAGCAAGCCAGGCCGCCCUUCUCCAGGUUCCUGGAUGAGGUCACCGUGCGGGUCCUGGCCCCCGAGACCCUAGAGGCCCUCCGGGGACCCAGAGGCCACAGUCCGGAGCCCUCCCCAAGUGCGAGAGGUCCAGGCCUGGCCCAGGGACCCCUCGCACGGGCUGUAGGCCCAGAGAAGAUUCUGGUCCUCGGCCCCCCGCUGGCCAGCGAGGCAGCAGCCAAGGGUGCGAGCAGAGUCCAGCCAGGUCAGCCUGUGGAGCCCAGUGGCCAGCAAGGAGGCCACGCUGCCUCCCCCGGGAGGCCUCCCAGCCAGCCCCAGGGGCCUCCAGCGCUUCGGGGUCGAUUAAAGGCCUGCCGGAACCCCCACUCGGCCCUUGCUCCCUACUGGUGGCUGGAUGCCCCUCAGAUCGCCAGGCUGCGCAGCCCCUGGGUGCCCUCCUGCCUCGGGCAGCCCCGCGUCCUGCAGGGCCGGCUGGCCAGGUCCUCACCCUCGCUCUGGGACAGCGCGCUGCAGGAGCAGAAGGGCGAGCUGCGCAAGCGGCUGUCCUACACCACGCACAAGCUGGAGAAGCUGGAGACCGAGUUCGACUCCACGCGCCAUUACCUGGAGAUCGAGCUGCGGCGCGCGCAGGAGGAGCUGGAGAAGGUCACCGAGAAGCUGCGCAGGAUCCAGAGCAACUACAUGGCGCUGCAGAGGAUCAACCAGGAGCUGGAGGACAAGCUGUACCGCAUGGGCCAGCACUAUGAGGAAGAGAAGCGAGCGCUGAGCCACGAGAUUGUCGCCCUCAACAGCCACCUGCUGGAGGCCAAGGUGACCAUCGACAAGCUGUCAGAGGACAACGUGAGUCCCGGGCCGUUCGGACACCGAGGUCCACGCCCAGCCGCUGCAGACCCCGCUCAGGAGCUGGCACGGGAGAGCUGGACGGACAGGCGGCCGGGGCCCUCCAGGGAGGAGCCGGUGCAGGGUCCCACAGCGCGGCCCAGCUAUGCGCCCGGCGAGGGGGACGGGGAGAGGCUGGGGGUGCAGCUGUGCGGGCCGGGGGGCAGCCCCGAGCCCGAGCCCAGCCUUCACAGUUCCAGGGACUCCUUGGAGCCCAGCUCCAUGGAGGCCUCCCCGGAGAUGCACCCGGCCGCCCGCCGCAGCCCCCAGCCGGCCUUCCCGCGGACUGCUGGCUCGGCGGGGCUCAGCCGCAAGGACAGCCUCACCAAAGCCCAGCUCUACGGGACCUUGCUCAACUGAGGCCCCGCCACCCCUGCGGGCCCCCCACCGGCCCGCAGGCCACCGCCACCGAGACCCCUCCGCCGCCCACGCCCAGGGGCCCGCCGGGAGGCGCUCGCUCCUCCGCCAUCUGGUCAACCCAGCCCCCACGGACCUCCCCGUGGGGACGUUUUACACACACAUCCUGCCCCACCUGAGAUGAGCAUCCCCCCUUUUAUAAGUGAAACUAUUUUUAUAGCGCAAAGGGUCUUUCUUAACGCACUUGGCCUCCAGCUCCCUGGAUGGCAGCCUUGGCGUUUUCAACACAAAGCUCCUUUAUUUUUCUGGUGAGGGCAAGUGGGGCCUGCCCCUUGGGAGGGUAGGACGGUGUCCUGGGGAGGCCCAGCGCCCCGCGGGGAGACACCCCAGCCAGCCAGUGACAAGGGAACCCCUGUCUACCCAGACGGGAAGUGGACGGCGCCGGGACGCGGCCGUGCGUGACUGUCCCCGAGCUCUCGAGGGCCGCGGUCCCGAGUGGGGCCGGUGCUCGCCCCAGCGUCCCGCUCCCCGCGCCCCCUCGCCCUACCUCAGCAGCGAGGAGGCCCUGUGCCCGCGGCCCGUGUUGCUCGUCCGCCCUGCAUGCCCGUCUCAGUGGUACUGUAUUUUGCGUUCGUUAAUAAAAGACGU